AUGUCCUGCGGCCACAUCCUCACGCACUACACCACGCGCUGCUCGCGCGGCGAAUGCGCCGUUCCCAAAGGCCCGCUUCACCACCUCGCCGACACAUGCGCAGCCUGCGAUCCCGAGCACCAAACGCGCCUGAUCAAAAAGAAGCACGACAGGCGGCACCACGAGCUCAUGGCGCAGCUGUACAACAACGACCGCCAGGGCCGCGUCGACGAGGUUCAGAAGUGCGUUGAGCGGAUGAACGCGCUGCGCGCGCGCUCGAACCGGGAGAUCGGCGCCGCGAGGGAUUAUGGCCGGAGCCGAUCUGCGCUCGAGGUCGAGUUCCCGGGGUACAGCGGCGAGUGUCGCUGGGGAGAUGGGAAGUGCGUGUGGAUGGAGGUCCGGACGCUGCUGAUCGAUGGGCACCUGGCGCGCAUCCCGACGGUGGUGUCGCGUACGCCAAAGCCUUUGCCGGCGCGGUAUACGGAGCGCUUGCGCCGCUUGGAGGGCCAUCUUGCGGGUAAGAGUGAGAACCGGGCUUCGGGUGGUGGAAAGAGGGGGAUCAUGAGGGAGAAUAUGGGGAGGAGGAGGAAUCCGAGGCCGCCUCGCAGUACGGUGAGUCCGAGUUGGGCUACGAGUCGGCAGACAGCCUACGGACGGUACGCCCAUAUGUUCCAAAGACAUUAA